CAGCUGACCUCGGCCAUGGAAUGGUAGGCGUGGACCAGGGACCGUUUGCCUGGGGCGGAGAAUGGAUUGAGAGUUGGGGGAGGAGGGCCGGCACGCCCAUGUCCGUGCGAGCAGCAGGGCCCCGGCCAGAGCAGUCGACGAGGCCGCGCGAUGGAUACGAGCCCGUUCGACUGGACUUUCCAUGGAUGGGGGAGACUGGAGAUCGAAUGUUCCAUCGGUGGAGCCCGGUCGAGCGAUUCUGUACCAACGAGUACUUCCGUCUCGACAAAGGAAUUCUCCGCAGUUGAGGACCAGUAACUUCUCUGUCUUUCAUGGAUGGGAUGGGGUGUCAGUCAGCUAAUUA